UAUUACAUAACACAAACACAGAGCAUCACCCUCUCUCAUCUCUAUAGAUCAGUGGUAUCACUCCAAUGCACAGGUACCACAAGGGAACAUGGAGACUCCGGACACAGACGGUGGAUAUAUUCCUAUGCAGUCAGUGCACAGCUUUCGACUGGAGGACAAAGAUGAAAACAUAUACGAGAAUCCAAGCAGAUACCAGAAACUCAGCUGGAUCAGUAAAGUGACCCAGGUGGGCAAGCAGGCGUGGGGGCACAUUCUGUGUCUGGGACUGCCUUGUGCUGUCCUGCUGGUGGUCGUGCUGGUGCUGGCCAAGAAUAACAUGCAAAGAGAUCAGCUUCAGCAGAACUACAUCAACAUGACCAGGGAGCGAGAGACACUGCAGAAAAAGCUCUACCAGCUAGACAGACUGAAGCAUGACCUGACAGGAGAGAAGACUAAACUCGAGAGAAGACUAUCUGAUCUGGACAAUAUUCAAAGAAACUUGACUGAGGAGAAAAAGAGACUACAAUCAAACAUUUCUGAACUGGACCAGAGAAAUAGGAUAUUAGCUGAGCAGGAGGAGGAUGUCCAGAGGAGGCUUUCUCAGAUGAUGAUCCGUGAACAUAACCUCACUCACAUUAACGGAAAGUAUGAAGAGAAGCUCUUUGGCAUGGGAUGGCAUUACUUUGAACCCACCUGGUACUACCUGUCCAAACAGAAGAGGAACUGGAGUGAUAGCCGACAGGACUGCAAAAACAGAGGGGCAGACCUUGUAGUGAUAAACAGCCGGGAAGAACAGCUGUUUAUUGCUGGACUUGCUAUGCAGGCCUGGAUUGGCCUCAGUGAUAGGGAUACAGAGGGUGUGUGGACAUGGGUGGACAAUACCAACCUAACUGAGACGUACUGGGCCAUAGAUCAGCCUAACAAUUAUAAAGGCCAGGACUGUGUCGUGAUCUGGGACAGAACCAACCGUCUAGAAACAUGGAAUGAUGAAAAAUGUGACAGAAAACUACUGUGGAUAUGCGAAAUGUAAAACGAAUGUUCUCUUUUUCUUACAGUGAAACAGCAUAUCUUUUCUAUGCAUUACCUUUUUUAAAAAUGAAUUUCAGUAUUGCCUUGUUUGCCUUGUACAAUGUAUAUAUUUGUUAGAAUAGUAAAUCAACAAAAUGGUUUGUUUUCAGCUAUAUUUCAUGGAGUGAUGUUUUGUCUACAUGAGAACGAUGACUUAAAAAGGGCUCAAAGACGGUCCAUGUACAGUAUUAGUUUGCCACACUUUGUAACAUAUGCCGGUCAGUCACUUUGCAUCCCUAUGCUUCUACUGAAAUCAUUUAGGUGAGCUAGAACAGAUAUAGGGAAGAUGAAUGUGUUGUGAUGAAUGAGUUGAUCAAAGCUCGUAUCGAUGAUAUAACACGUGUAUGAAUCCUCUGCUUUUAUAUCAAGUGUAGUUUCCCAUUGUAGUUGAGGAAUGUCUUUGUAUUUAUGUCUUGUAUUGUUGUGGCCCACAGUGCCAUCUGUUGGUGAUAUUUACCAUUAAGGUCAUAGUCAUGCCAGUAGCAAUGAGGUGGGUAGCCUGCAUAAGGCAUGUAUGCUACAAGUUGUCAGAUCUCACGACUUUGUAAAAAAUACCAUAUAAAGAUGAUUUUUGAUAAAUA